AUCAUUUUAUACGCCCCUUUCUCUGUGUAACGGCCGAAACCAUGCUACUCCUCGUCUCCUCACAGUAGCACUGAGAAAAUAAGUAAAAAAAAAAAUAGAAGAAGACAUUAACCAGGAAUUCGCUCCAAAAAAGGGGGGAAAAAACCCUAGAAACCCUAGACCGCCAUGGAAGCUCACAUGAAGCCCGAACUUCAAGAUCCGGCGCCUCCUCCGGUGAAGGCGCCGCCUCCGGCGGCGGCGGCGGCGAUCCAGACCUCGUCGCCGCGCUUCUUCUUCUCCUCGGCGGCGGCGGCGAACCCCUCCGCCGCGUCCCACCGCCGCAUCGCCAUCGCCGUCGACCUCAGCGACGAGAGCGCCUACGCCGUGAAGUGGGCGGUGCAAAACUACCUCCGCCCCGGCGACGCCGUGAUCCUCCUCCACGUCCGCCCCACCUCCGUCCUCUACGGCGCCGAUUGGGGCUCCAUCGACCACUCCGUCUCCGCCGCGGCCGCCGCCGCAGACGCCGACUCCGAGGAGUCGCAGCAGAAGCUCGAGGACGACUUCGACGCGUUUACCGUCUCCAAGGCGCAGGACCUGGCGCAGCCUCUCGUGGACGGGCAGUUCCCGUUCAAGAUCCACAUCGUGAAGGACCACGACAUGAAGGAGAGGCUCUGCUUGGAGGUGGAGCGCCUAGGGCUUAGCGCGGUGAUCAUGGGGAGCAGGGGCUUCGGGGCGUCGCGCAAGGCCAACAAGGCGAGGCUCGGGAGCGUCAGCGACUACUGCGUCCACCACUGCGUCUGCCCCGUCGUGGUCGUGCGCUUCCCCGAUGACGGGGUUGGGCCCGCGUCCGGGACGGCGGAUGGGAGCUCUGCCGCUGCGGUUGGGAGCAAGAAGACGGACGUUGAGCUGCAUCCGGUGCCGGAGGAGGAGGAUGUCUCCGAAGAGCAUAAAGAUGGUUGAUGGGAAUUCAGGGUUACAGCAAUGGUCCUCUUCAAUCCAGGAAGUAAAAGAAUGUAAUGAUCAGAUGGAGGUGGUGGAUAAACUAGCUGAGGCUUCUGUGGGGGGACUCUGCUGUUUACUUGAAGAAUUGUGCUACUUUUUAGUUUUAUCCUCCAUUUUACCUUGCCAACUCUCGCUCUGUCAUAAAUUCGAUGGUUGAUGAGUAUCUUCUUUGUCUUUUAGUUCGUUGGUGGUGCAUCCAAAGUUCUUAUUGCUUUGCUUUGUCAAUACAUUUUACGAUGUUUGAAAACCUCGCCCCAUUUGCGGGAUACCAUCUGUUUUACCUCUAAAUGUUUCUUCGUUCUUGCUUUAUGGACAUGAACUUGAAGUGGCAAGUGAAGAACUUGUGUUUUAUUCUCGGCCUUUA